CCGAGAGGAUUACACCAAAAAUAAAAAAAUAGACAGCAACUAAAACUCUCGACCCGACAAAUGACCAUUCACAUCGUAUCCAGACUGCAGCUAAGGAGUAACCCACGCCUUGUCCUAGUUGAUAAGUAGCUUUUGGAGAAAAACAUCUGCCAGUAUUUGCUCAGGAAAACAGCGGACUCUAAGCGAGCAACGAUUAUAUGGAUUUACCAUCUGCUCGAAAAGCGAAAACAUAAUACGUUUUGGGGAGACAAUUCAGCGGCAACAAGAGGAUGAAAUGAGAAAGAGAAAAAAAGUAUUCAGCUUGAAGUUGGAAUACAACCCAAUUGGACGGAUAUUGUUUAUGUUGCUCUUACAAUUGAUUCGGGAAACACUGAAAAAGUCUAAAAAGACUGGGAAACACACAAACAGGUUACCAGUAUGCUAUGAGAUUCUAACCCUGUCCCUGAAGAAGAAGAUGGCUGCAGAACUGUACCCUGCGACCACCAAUCUAACCAACAACGUUACUACGGUGACCGCCAGUGACAAGAAAAGCGAUGUGCAGGUCACUCAGUCAACAACCACUGCAACAACACCGACCACCCAGCAAAACAUAAACAACAACAACGUCGAUCCUCCCAGCUGGCAGUCCUCUCACCCCACGCUACGGGAGAGGAAUGCCUUGAUGUUCAACAAUGAACUCAUGGCCGAUAUACAUUUCAUUGUUGGUCCCCCUGGUGAAUCUCAGAAAGUACCAGUGCACAAGUAUGUGUUGGCAGUGGGUAGCUCCGUCUUCUGUGCCAUGUUUUACGGGGAUCUUGCAGAGGAGGAGUCCGAAAUCCAUAUCCCAGACGUGGAACCUGCUGCUUUUCUAAUUCUGCUGAAUUACAUGUACAGUGAUGCGAUAGACCUGGAGGCGGACACCGUGCUGGCUACCCUGUACGCUGCCAAGAAGUACAUUGUACCAGCCCUGGCCAAGGCCUGCGUCACCUUCCUGGAGACCAGCCUGGAGGCCAAGAACGCCUGUGUGCUGCUGUCCCAGAGCCGUCUGUUUGAGGAGCCUGAGCUGACACAGCGCUGCUGGGAGGUGAUUGACGCCCAGGCCGAGCUGGCCCUGGGCGCAGAGGGCUUCUGUGAGAUCGACUUGCAGACCCUGAAGAUCAUCCUGCAGAGAGAGACCCUCAACACCAAGGAGGUGGUGGUCUUUGAUGCCGUGAUGAGCUGGGCCACAGCUGAGUGUAAGAGGCAAGGACUGAGGGCAACCACCCACAACAAGAGAUCUGUCCUGGGCAAGGCACUCUACCUGGUGCGCAUCCCCACCAUGACCCUGGAGGAGUUUGCUGAUGGGGCAGCCCAGUCAGACAUCUUGACACUGGAGGAGACACAUGACAUUUUCCUGUGGUACACAGCGGCCACCAAGCCCAAACUGGACUUCCCACUGGCACAGAGGCAGGGCCUGGCGCCCCAGAGGUGCCACCGCUUCCAGUCGUCAGCCUACCGGAGCAACCAGUGGCGCUACAGGGGCCGCUGUGACAGCAUCCAGUUUGCAGUGGACAAGCGGAUCUUUAUCGCUGGACUGGGUCUGUACGGGUCAAGUGGAGGAAAGGCCGAGUACAGUGUCAAGAUUGAACUGAAGCGGCAAGGGGUGACCCUAGCACAGAACCUGACCAAGUUUGUGUCGGACGGAUCAAGCAGUACAUUUUCUGUGUGGUUUGAACACCCAGUUCAAGUGGAGCAGGAUGCCUUUUAUACGGUGAGUGUCGUGCUGGACGGGAAUGAGCUGAGCUAUUUUGGCCAGGAGGGCAUGACGGAGGUGCAGUGUGGAAAAGUGACUUUUCAGUUCCAGUGCUCCUCGGACAGUACCAACGGGACUGGGGUGCAGGGGGGACAGAUCCCUGAGCUGGUGUUCUAUGCAUAAACUGGAUUGGUCAUAAAAGGAGAGGUAGAGAACAUAUAGACUAUACUGUACAUCCAUAUGUUCCAUCCUUAUAAAUAAUGUAGCAUUAAGACACUAGAGUGUCAGACUAAACAAAAUACUAUUUUUAAGUCAAGGAACGUUUUAUCUUAUUUAUAAAAAUUAAAAAAAUGUUAUUUGUAUUAUUUUAAUUAACGCUGCAAAAAGCAGUCCCUUGUAAAAAGUCAUAUUGCACUUGUGGACAGUCUGCAAUGUUGUUUUGUACAUAGAACACAGUUAAAUGGUUUGCAGCUUGAUGCUGAUCAACCAUGAUGUUCCUGUUUGAGAGCUUACGAACCUGCAGAAAAUCAUAAAAAUGUUGUGAGAUAAGCCA